AUGACGACGGCAGCGCGGCCGACAUGGGCGCCGGCAAAGGGAGGCGAGGAGCAGGGCGGGUCGCGCAUAUUCGGGCCGAGUCAGAAGUACUCCGCUAGAGAUGUCGCCAGCCACACGAGCCUCAAACCCAGGAGGGAGGGGCAGGUGACGAAGGAGGAGGUGAAGCGGCGGGACCUGCGGGGGGAGCUGGAGGAGCGUGAGAGGCGGCACUUCGCCGCAAAGGACAAGGAGCAGCAGCUGCGCACCGACGACCGCAAACGAACCUCUGGCUUGUUGUUACCAGGUGGGGGGGCGUUGGGAGGGCGGAAGGAGGUGGAGGAGCGGUUGAUACCCCGAGCAGCGGAUGCAGACGACUCCGAUGGGGAGGACAGGCGGGGAGGCGGGGGUGAUGACGAGGAUGAUGACGAUGAUGACGAGGACGAUGACGAGGAUGACACCAUGGAGUUGCUUGCUGAGCUGGAGAGAAUCAAGAAGGAGCGAGCCGAGGAGAAGCUGCGCAAGGUAUGUGGCGUCCCAUGCGUACCCUGCCCUCUUUAUCUCUGGUUCGCCUCUCCUCCCUGCUCUGCUGCCCGCCCUCUGCGCGCCCAUGUGGUGUCAUGUGAGCAGGAGAAGGAGCAGGCGGAGCAGGAGGCGAAGGCGAGAGAGAAGGAGAUGGCACGCGGCAACCCCAUCAUGGCUGCUGGGGGCUCCGCCUUUGCUGUCAAGCGCAGGUGGGACGACGACGUGGUGUUCCGCAACCAGGCCAAGGACGAGCAGAAGCCCUCCAAGCGAUUCAUCAACGACACCAUUCGCAGCGACUUCCACCGCCGCUUCCUCAACAAGUACAUGAAGUAA